AACAAUUAGUUUGUGUUUGUUAUUUGUUAAAAUGGGGACACCAUUUAAAAAUUUGCUGUUUUCUUCCCCAAAAAUAUUCUCCCCAAUAUCUCCAUCAACAAAUUUUGUUAUCAAUAGCACAAAAAAAUCGAAUAUAGCCAAACAGUUGUUUAACAACGAUGCUGGUGCUAUCAAAAAGAAAGUUCAAAGCAAUGUUAAAAUUCAUGUAACAGAUUAUGAUUUAACCAAACUAAAGGUUCCCACACCCACAGAUAUAUUAUUUAACACUCCAAAUAAAAACGAAUUGUUAACAAACGGUGUGAAAGAGAAACAGGAGUUCAAUAUUUUAGGAAAAGGUGCCUUUGGUACUGUUAUUCGUGGUAUAAAUAAAGGUUCAAUAGUGGCAAUAAAAAUAGUGAAAAAUAAAAACAACAAUCACAUAAACGAAAAAAACGCACUGCAUCUUCACCACGAAAAUAUAGUAAAAACCAUAGAUAUAACGUUUAGUAGUACUCUAAACUAUUUUUUAGUUUUGAUGGAGUAUUUUCCUAAAUGUAUUUCGUUACAGCAACUUCUCGAUAGCGAAGAUGAUAUAACUGAAAGCCAAAAACUUAAAUUUGCUUUGGAUGUUACAAAAGGUUUGCAGUACUGUCAUGAAAACAACGUUUUGCAUCUUGACGUAAAGCCCAAAAAUAUGCUUAUUCACGAUAAUUGUUGCAAAUUGUGUGAUUUUGGUAAUUCAGUUUUGAAGGAUGAUCUAAGAAAUUUUAAUCAUCAGGGAACUAUUGCUUACACAGAUCCUGAAAUUUUACUGGGAAAAUUACCAUCCACAAAAAGUGAUAUUUAUUCUUUGGGAAUCGUUCUUUGGCAAAUUAAGUACCGGAAGCUUCCCUACGAGAACACUGAUAAUAAUGAAACCAUUAUUUACAAGGUUGUAAAAAUUGGGAUGCGUCCCAAAGGCUACGAAGAAAAUUGCGAAUAUUGGAAACUUUUUUGCCAAUGUUGGGAUUGCGACCCAGAACAAAGACCUCAAAUUGGAGAUAUUUUAAAUGAGUUAAACAGCCUUCUUGUAACCCAUAAAUAAUAUUUAUUUUUUAUAUUUAUAAUGUAAACGUUUAAUUUAUCGUUGUUUGUAUUUUAUUUAUUGAAUAAAUUAUUUCGAAGA